CAGGGCAUUCCCCACCCGCUGCCAUGGGCUCUCCUGCCCCGCCUGCCCAGGUUGCUACAUGCUGGGGCAGCAGUGGCCAUGCCCUAUAUAAGAGCCCUGAGGAGCCGGCCCAGUUGUGCCAGGGUGGUUAGCCGGGACUGGUAUGCCAUGGAGGCCGAGGAGGCCGCAGCAGUGGCGGCGAAGGCAGCACUGCGGACCCCCAAGUGCUCCCGCUGCCGUAACCACGGCUUCGUGGUGCCGGUGAAGGGCCACGCUGGCCACUGCCGCUGGAAGCUCUGCCUGUGCGACAAGUGCGCCCUCAUCACCGAGCGCCAGAAGAUCAUGGCAGCCCAGAAGGCCCUGAGGCAGCAGGUGCCCGACCCCCCGGCUGGGGCAGACACAGGGCCCCCUCCCCUGGGGGUGGCCACCGGGGUGGCCAGUGCCCCUGAGCAGAGCGGCCAUGAGGGGAUGAAGGGCACCCAGCCCACCGGCAGCAACAGCAAAGGCAUGGCAUGCAGGGGGCCACCGCCGCCUCCCAGCGGCCCUCCCUUCUGGGACUACGCUCACCCUGCUUUUCCUCCAGAAUACAUGGUCAACCCAGAAUACCUGGAGAGAGAACCUCCAAAAGUGUACCCUGGGUGUUCUGGAGUGUAUCCUUACCACCCACUUCCCAUGGGAUUUGCCAUCAAUCAGUCAAGCUGUAGGGGAGCACCAUCACCUCCAGGGAUAUCACUUCAGAGAGGUUUCCGACACAUUCCGAGCAACUAUGGGCCAGGGAAUGCAGCUUCUGUGUCAAUUCCAGAGGGAGGUGGAGAUUUCCAUCAAGGAUACUACACUCCUCUGCCUCAGUUCAUCCCACCAAGUUUUCUGCCAGGGAUUCAUUACAUUCCACCUCCCCUUUCACUGAACAUGUUGGCUGAAACAACCAAGGAAGCACAUGCUACUGAAGCCGACAGUCAGGAUUCAGGCGUGGUUCAUGAACCUGGCCAACCAUCUUCUUCCCCGGAAGAAACAAGCAGAGACCAAUCUGUAUAUUCUAAACAGUAA